UCCUGCAUGCACCAUAUCAGCCCGCGGCCACCCUCUUCCCCAAGCAAAGCAAAGCCCCUAUUCUUCGUUUCACUCUCUUCUCCUCUUCUCUGCAAAUUACUCUCUUCCUCCAUUGAUCUUCCCCUUACUCUGCUCAAAAUCGUCAACCAUGGUGCUCGAGGCGACGAUGAUCUGUAUCGACAAUUCCGAGUGGAUGCGGAAUGGGGACUACGCUCCGAACCGUUUCCAGGCCCAAGCUGAUGCUGUUAACAUUAUCUGUGGAGCUAAGACGCAGUCGAAUCCAGAAAAUACAGUGGGAGUCCUCACCAUGGCUGGAAAAGGUGUUCGCGUCUUGGUCACCCCUACGAGUGAUCUUGGCAAGAUUCUGGCUUGUAUGCAUGGCUUGGAAAUUGGUGGUGAGAUGAACCUGGCUGCAGGCAUCCAGGUGGCUCAACUGGCACUAAAGCAUCGUCAAAAUAAGAAGCAGCAACAGAGGAUUAUUGUCUUUGCCGGAAGUCCUAUCAAACAUGACAAGAAAAUGCUGGAGAUGAUUGGAAGGAAGUUGAAAAAGAACAGUGUUGCACUUGAUAUUGUUGACUUUGGUGAAGAGGAUGAUGGGAAGCCGGAGAAGCUGGAAGCGCUUCUUUCAGCUGUCAACAAUAAUGAUACCAGCCAUAUAGUUCAUGUUCCUGCUGGUCCAAAUGCUCUUUCUGAUGUUUUGAUAAACACACCUAUAUUUACUAGGGAUGGGGAAGGAGGAAGCGGUUUUGCAGCAGCAGCAGCUGCUGCUGCAGCUGGUGGUGUCUCUGGUUUUGAUUUUGGUGUAGACCCCAACUUGGAUCCUGAAUUGGCCCUUGCUCUUAGAGUUUCUAUGGAAGAGGAGAGAGCUAGACAGGAAGCUGCAGCUAAAAAGGCUGCGGAAGAAGCUGCUAAGGAAAAAGGAGGCGAACAACAGCCUGCUUCACAGGACACGACCAUGACUGAAGGUCCCAGCGCUUCAGCCUCUGAAGCUGAAAAUAAGAAAGAUGAUUUGAUGGAUGAUGAAAAUGCUUUGCUACAAAGAGCCCUCGCUAUGUCAAUGGAUGACACUACUUCGAGCCAUGAUGUGCGGGACACUGAUAUGUCAGAGGCAGCUGCAGAUGACCCCGAUUUGCAACUGGCUCUUCAAUUGUCUGUUCAGGACAGCGCAAAAGAAGGAAAUGAUGUGAGCAAAUUGUUGGCAGAUCAAUCCUUUGUAUCUUCUAUUCUUGCAACCCUUCCAGGAGUUGAUCCAAAUGAUCCUUCAGUUAAAGAUUUGCUUGCUUCCAUGCAAAACCAGUCUGAGCAGAAGAAGGAUGAAGACAAGGGGCCAGAUGGCGACGAGAAGAAGUAAUAUGUUUGUUUCUUAUGGUUUCAUGUCUCUAAGAAGUUAUUUGCUGGUGAAUUCGUGCUGAGAAACCUUUGGAGCAGCAAACGCCUGGCAAAGAAGACGGAGCGAACGAUUGUUUUAUAUGUUUGGGUCUGAACUCGACAUAGUUCUGAAACUGGGCUCUUUCUCUGCGACCCGUUGUUAUGGUAUUUUAGAACAUUUGGGAAGUUUGAGAAAUAUGCUGUUUGACCUAAUGAUCUGUUUCACGUUAGCUGCCUUCCUGGACUUCAUUUUGAUUGAAUGCUAUCUCUCUACACGGCCGUGAUAACUUCUUUAACA